AUGGAAAAUAAGGAAGAGGAAGUUAAAUUACCACCUACGUUAUUGAUGGGAGCAUCAUUUGUAAAUUCAUUGGAAAAUGUAGUUUUUGGAACUGAAAAGAAAGAUACAAUUUCAAAAGGAGAUGAAUUAUUUUCAAUUAAAGAUCUGGACCAAAAUACUAAUAAUUCAACAAUAGAGGCCAUGGCAGAACAAGCUACUCAUUCAAUAAUGGAAAAAUUUGAAAAACUAAAUGAAUGGAAUGAUUUUGAUUAUCAACAAUAUUUUGCGACGAAAUCGCCACCGUGGAAAUCGAGAUUUAUCUUCAACCCCAAUGAAGAGAUUCCAUCUAUUGAGGAUAUAAAACAAAAUGAAGACUUGAGAAUUGACACAUUAGGCGAGCAACCACAUGAAUUUGACAAGUAUUUAUUUGAGGAUUUUCUGGACCAUAUGGAUCCUUUUAUUAAUCAUCAACUUGCCAAACCUUCACUAAGUAUGAUUAGAGGUAAACAGGGUACUCUCUUCAAUCCAUCUCGAGUUCACUACAUUCUCAAUGACAUUGAAAAUGACAGAAGAAGAAUCAUCAGAAAUGCUAUUGAUUCAAUAAAAUUAAACAAGGUGCAAUAA